AUGGCGACCUCCAAUAAACUAUAUCAGCAUGUACUUUCUCCCAGCGUCUCCACGUAUAUUGAGAUGGCCGCCGAUAUUGUGGAUUAUCUGAAACAAAGAUACGGAGACGACAUUACGACCGAGGUGAAAUUCAUCCGUCAACGAUGGGUUGUCUGGGAGGAGUUGGAACAGAUGGCACUCGAGUUGAAGGAGCGCGACGAGGAGGAGUAG